CGUUCUACAACAGUACAACUUUCAGCACGGAUUACGAAGGGGCUCAGUAAGUUCGCGGGCACGGCGUACGCGCAACCCAGUCUUCGCAGAGCAACAGGGACAUCGCACUAAUCGCAGGCGAUCGAAGGAUUAAAACGAACGCGUGGAGCAUUGACUGGAAAAUGAUGCGCUGCGGUAAAAUGACAGGCCGCCAAGUUAAUUUGCGAAAUUUAUGAUCUACCAUAUGCAGUAGAGACGAGAGAGGAAGGGAGAUAAUUACGGGAACAAAUUCGAAAAAAUGUGUAUGAUGAAUAUGCAACGUUGCGCUUAGUUAUGACGCUCACAAUGCAAGCGGUAUAAAGAUUAGUUCACAACCAUGGAGGAAAAAGUAACAAAGUCCGAAAUUCAAUCCUUCUACAUAGGCAAGACCGUUUUUAUUACUGGCGCUUCUGGAUUCAUGGGUAAAGUUCUCUUGGAGAAAUUGCUGUAUUGCUGUUCCGAUCUCGACAAAAUCUACGUUCUCAUGCGUAUGAAGAGAGGCCGUAGUGUCGAAAGUCGGCUUGACGACAUGUUCAAAUUGCCUCUGUUUCAAAGAUUGCGGAAUGAGAAACCUAAUCUUUUUAAGAAAGUGAUACCGCUGAAUGGCGACAUAUGUUUGCCCGAUUUAGGUCUCAUCGAUCAACAACGAGAGCUCUUAAUAAAUGAAGUAAAUGUGGUAUUUCACUUCGCCGCGACACUUCGACUGGAAUCGAAAUUGAAAGAUGCCAUUGAGAUGAACACGACAGGUACACAAAAAGUACUGGAUGUGGCAAAAGAAAUGAAGCAUCUAGAAUCCUUCGUGCAUUUAAGCACAGCUUUCUGUCACGUCGAUCAAGAGGAACUCGGUGAGCGUACCUACGACUCGCCCGAUGAUCCUCAAGAUAUCAUGAGACUUGUUCAGUGGUUAGACGAGGAGGGUAUCGAUCUUAUUACGCCCAAAUUAUUACAUCCACAUCCAAAUACUUACACGUACUCGAAACGUUUAGCAGAAACGCUGGUGGCCAACGAAUACCCCAAUAUACCUUGUUGCAUCGCUAGACCAUCGAUCGUAAUACCUAGUUACGAAGAGCCGAUGCCAGGAUGGGUCGAUAACUUAAACGGACCAAUUGGAUUGAUGGUCGGUGCAGGCAAAGGUGUUAUCAGAUCAAUGCACUGCAACGGCAAUUAUCACGCCGAAGUUAUACCAGUAGAUUUCGCGAUUAAUACAUUAAUUGCGAUUUCAUACAAACUUACUACUGAUAAAAAAAAAUCAAAAAGUAUUCCCGUAAUCAAUGUAACGCAAGGCAAUAUAAAACGUAUUACUUGGGCAGAAGUACUGGAAAAGGGCAGAGAGCGCCUUCACGAAUAUCCUUUCGAUGGAGCCAUUUGGUAUCCAGAUGGCGAUAUACGUAGCAGCAAAUUUGUGCAUAAUCUUUUCAUCUUCUUCUUUCACAUUAUUCCCGCGUACCUCAUUGAUUUCCUGAUGUUAAUAUUUCGGCAGAAAAGAUUUAUGGUUAAUCUCCAAGACCGAAUCUCAAACGGUCUCGAACUGUUGCAAUAUUUUACUACGAGGGAAUGGAAAUUUUAUAACGAUAAAUUCAUUAGAGUAUACGAGGAAUUACAAGGGACAGACAAGCAAAUGUUUGUAAACUUACGUUACGAUAUUGAUCUAGAUGAGUACUUUAAAAACAUUAUCCUUGGCGCACGGCAGUAUUGUAUGAAGGAGGAUCUGUCUACUCUACCGAAAGCCCGUCGGCAUCAAAAAAUAAUGUACUUUGUCCAUAUCAUAGCUGUAUAUUCAUUCUACUUCGGCAUAUUAUAUUAUACUUACAACAAUAUUGGGAUAGUAAAAGUCUUCCUGGAUUAUGUUGCCGACUCAGUAAAAUCGCUACCGUUCAUAGGCGGAUUACUGAAGAAAGUACAUCUCUACGGUAUUCUACGUUCAUUGCGUAACAUACUUGAUAUGCGACGAGCAAACGAGGAAAAAUACAUAGUUUUUGCGACGAUGAUCUAUUGCGGUUCUUAUUUGAAUCGUUUGUAAGUAUAUUAAGGGGCAUAAAUUAUGAGGUUAAAGGCAAUUUUAACAUGGAAAUCCUGUUGAUAUACGCAAUAAACGUAGAAUACGUAUACACAUGUGCGACGAGCAAACGAGGACCAACACAUAUGACUUCACAGCUAUAAUUAAUAUAGCUAGAAUAGCUAUGGCUAUAUUUGUACUUUUUUAUUAGCUGUUACAACGCUUUUGCAGAUAAAAAUCCAGCAGAAUAACUUUUGUUAUUCUGAUGAAAAACUGCUAAGCAGUUUUUCAACAUCCAAUCAUAAAUCUUUUUUCGCAAUGAUUACGCAAUCUAUUAUAACAAGAAAUUUUCCAGUAAACAGAUUUUGCUCCAAGAAAUUCAUGAUGGAAACAAUCCCAAGUAACAUAGUCUUGCUAUAUUUGCUGCGACAGCAAAAAUGUUACUAGUAUAACGUCUUGCCAGCCUUAAUUAUAGCUAUAUGCCAACAGAAGCUGUAUUAAUAGCUGUAAAGUCACAUGUGUUCCUCGUGUGCUCAUCGCACAUACGUAUACGUAUUCUACGUUUAUUGCGUAUAUCAACAGGAUUUUCAUGUCAAAAUUGCCUUCAAUCUCCUAAUUUAUGCCCGUUUAUACAUAUAAUUACAAACGAUUCAAAUGAGAACCGCAAUAGAUCACCGUCGCAAGAACUAUGUAUCGUUCCUCGUUUGCUCGUCGCACAUACGUAUACGUUUAUAUAAUCUACGCACUAGAAUAAAUUAGAAUAAUCCAUUUAUUAUUGUUAUAUCAAGAAGUAAAUUUCUAUGGGAAUUUCACACGAUUUUCCGUCUAUACGUAAGUGUUAAUAAAAGAAUUAAUUAUCACGAAACGUUAAAAAUUAUAAUAUUUUUCUAAAUACACAAUA